GUAAAUUUAAAAUGCAUAAAAACAGUUAAAGCUUUCAAUUUUAAUCAAAAUUUUUGUGAACUUUUAUAUAUAUUUUUUGAUAUAUUUUCUUAACAAAAAUGGAGUUGCCUUCGCUGGGAAUUAAUUGUUCUGUGAGCGGUUGCAACCGGCUAGAUUUUUUGCCUCUGCGCUGUGAGUGUGGAAAAAUGUUUUGCACCGAUCAUUUUAUGGAACAUACACAAGACUGUGAGGCUUUUAAAAAAUCGAAAGCAUUAAAGGUUCAGCAGGCUGAAAUGGUGAAGACAACGUACGCUUGCACUUUUGACGGUUGUGCUGAUGUUAGCUCGUUUCAUUUUCCUUGCAAGAAAUGCACAAAACAUUAUUGCAUCAGUCACAGACAUCAUAAGUCUUGCGAUAUAAGCGAGGAAGAGUUAGAAGAGGAACGAAAACGUUGGAAUUUACCAAUCGAACAGUACAACAAGGCAAAGGAAAAACUUGAAAUUCAUCUCAACAAGACAGCAAUGAAAAUCCAGCCAGACUCCAAAAAAUCAAAGAUGAGUAACAAAAUCCAACUGAUGCGUUUGAAAGGCAAAGCAAUAGGCCCCAAAGACAUCCCGGUACAAGACCGUUUAUAUUUCCUCGUUCACAAACCCUUCGGGAUGACCACAAAACAAGUAUCUGACAAACCAAUCGAUCCAUUAUCCCCGGUACCAUCAGCCCAAGAAAAACCAACCGGUCAAGACAAAACAGUGGCUGUUUAUGUGUCACAGAACUGGAGCGUUGGUAAGAUCAUCGAUAGUUUUUCACAGUUUUGCAAAGUCAUCAAUAAUAAUAAUAAAUCUAAUGAGAGUAAGUUGAGAUUGUUCCGAUUGAACGAUGGAUUGAUUGUUAGUUCCAUAAUGAGUAUGAAGAUCAGUAAGAUUUUGGAGAAUAAUAUCAUACGAGAUGGAGAGAGUCUGAUACUUGAAUAUGUCGAUGGUGAGAAGUGUGUGAACGAUGAAUGUUAUUUGCAACAGUACGCUUGCUAUGCAGAAUAGAUUGUAACAUUUUAAAU